CUGCCAAGUUCACAACCUAGCAACAUUUGUGGACAUUUUAUCACUAUGCAAUAGACAUCCUAACACACAGUUAGCAGCACCCUCUGCCUUCAUAUAAAAUUAUAUAAUCUCUAAAAUAUAUUCGUGAAUAUCCAAUAUGAUUUCAUUCGGUGAGCCUACAAGGGCGAAAUACCCACUUGUAAACCCUAAUGCCGGCAGGCAGAUGCCAGGAAAUCGAACUGGGCCUUUAGGUUGGAGCAACACACUUAACGCACACGCACAUUUGCGUGGUGGUCCGCGAGUCACCAUGCAACCUAAACUCAAACAGCAAGCAAAUAUCAAACACGAACCUAUGGCUAUGCAGUUUACCUCCAACGGAGACGCCAAUGCGUCUGGAUAUCCGGACUUGGCUUUUAUUCCUCCACUCCACCACCCGGCUGCACCAAGUUCCUUCACAUUAGCACCGCCAGUGGGUACAGAAGAUACCACAACAGCCAAUAUUAAAACUGAGAACAAGUCUAAAAAGUUGUCUGCCAAGGUAUCGAACGGGGCCAAGCCGAACCGUCCGAAGCCUAAAAGAAAGAAUCUAACGGUUGACGACACUCCACAAUUGAAUUUAUCGCUCACUCCUUUGGAUUGGCUGACUAUCAGCUCCUUACCCCAGCCUGUGGCGGCGAAACCUGCAAACAAAGAGAAACCUGCUGCCGCGGUGCAACCAGAGGCUAAGGAGAUCUUAAACAUAUUAAACAAAUCAACUGAUCUCAAUUACCGGGUGAACGCAGAGUUGGAAUGUCGCCUGAAUCCUAAUAUAAAGCCCCAGUAUGAGUUGGAAGAGAUAAUUAUUAUGGCCAUCAGAAGUAAUAAGAUGAUGACGCUUACACUUGACGGUAUUUGCCAAUGGGUAAGCCGCAUAUUUCCGUUCUAUCGUAACCGCAAUUCUGAGGUAAAACGUGCGGUCAAAGAAAGUAAGAAAAUAAUAAGGAAUGCCAACAAAGAUAUGAAACCCGCUCAUUAUAUUGUGGAAAGCGACAGUCCAAUGCAGGCUAAGCGAAGUAAAUCUGCCACGCCCACGAGCCGGGGUAUCGCGUCAGCCCGGAAGAAUAGUUUGAAGGAGCGACCAUCAUACACAUCCAGAAAUCCCACCCGGCCUCGCCAACGGUCCUUGUCGGAUCCGCCAAAUAAAGCCCAAAAUAAUCAUCCCUUAUCCAGAACCCCAACGAAUGAUUCCGAGACGGACUUCCAGCACAUGCGCUCAUCCUCUAUGUCUCCGAAUUCAACGCUGGGUGUGCUGCCGGAGGAAUCUAUGCCAACCUCUAUGAACUAUAAUGCCUACGCUAAUCACGACCAGUCAUCAAGACGAUCGAUCGCUCUCUCCAUGCAACCUGACAAUCAACGCCGGUAUGGUAUGCCGGAACGCAUUGAUCUGCACGUUGGUCAUCAACAACAGGGCCAUAUGCGCCAUAUACAGAGUCGCCCACAACAGAAGCUACGAAAUUCAAUUUCAUCUGCAAGUAUGCCUACGGGCACCUUCCUUAGCGGUACAGUCGGGGGCUUACCUAUGUCACAAGAGAAGGAGCACGACACUUUCAUGACCCGGAGAGCCUCGGUGAGUACCUACACUGAUGUGGACAUGGAUAUGGACAUGUAUCCCUCUUCUUCGAGUAUGUUUGGGAACGAAUCGAGCAUUGACAAUAUCUUUAAGCUGAGUUUCGACCUGCCGAAGAUGCCCAUGCCCGAUGCACAAGGCUCUGAAGCUGCAGCGCGUGCAAACACAAACAGUUACAUUAAAGAUAACACUGGACUAUUCCCCAGUCCCUUGAGCAACACGGGGGGCAAGUUCCAUGGCGAGUCUACUAACACCAGCAAAUGCGAUACCGCUACGGAUAUCCUAGCGAGUGCUAACGCGGCAUUGCACACAAGCCCACCCAUAAAUGCCUUCAAGCCUGGCGCUCAUUAUGUUGCAGAGACUGAGGACUGUGGAGGAAUGAAUGACGGGUUUCUGUUCAGUAUGCCAACCGUACACCAUACAUCACCUAUGUGGCCCUCACAGGAGUGGGGGGUAAGCAGCAGUGUGCAAAGCAUCAUGGACAAUGCACAUGGUGACAUCUAUGCAGAUGCGAAUGGUGACGCCGAUGUGCAGCCGCGUAGGUGUUCCAGUGCAACUCUGGAUGCGAUGGACAUGGGCAGUCCAUUUGGCAGGAAUGGCUUUGGACUGACAUCCAAUGAAGCUCUCACACGGCAGCAUUCUCAACCAGACAUGAUGUUCCCGCCAGGAAUGGAAAGCACUGCCACACGCACAGCACGCACUAUGAGUGCCAACUUGGAUGGUAAUGUGAAUUUGAGCCAUAGCACUCGCCUGGACUCGCUACUGCACCACAACGUGGGGAACGUCUUCAGGACUUCACCGCUUACUACAAACUCAGCUAUUGACCUUCGUACUCACGAUCGUUUACAAGGGCCUUCGGACGGAACGCGCCUGUCAAUAUCAGAGGAGAUGAGCGCACGUGCGAAUGGUACUAUGGAUCUUAACGAUCCGGAAUCCUCGCUCAGCGACAUACUCACCGCCAGUCAAAAAUGUGACUUCUCACUGUACUCGAUGCUGGACUUAUCUGCACAGCAACCUCACGGGCAGUCCAUUGGUGGUACAGGGUUGAGCAUGCUUCGUGAACAACAGGAGAACGAUGACCGAGACGACACAGGGAUGAAUGCGCGUGCACAGGUGCAGAAUACAAACGCACUCGGACAUGUGCAUUCUUCUGGUGUUGCUGAAGAUGACACAUCAUUCCCCAGUUUGGCCCCUGGAAACGAUCUUGCAUAUAAUCCAAACUUGGGCAUCGCCUCUUUUCUGCUGAAUACGGCCGAUCUGGCAUCGUUGACACUACACGGGGUGGAUGUACAGUCAUCCAUGAUGUUCCUGGAUAAGCUCAACAACGAUGAUAUGAAUCCGAAUCUGAUUGUGCCCGCUAGUGUUGAUGUACACGGGACUGUGAAGCUACACAGUAGCAAAUCUGAGCAUGCGAUCAAGGCUCUAAAGAAACAGAGUUCACACAUAUUGAGUCCACUGAGUGAUGAUCUGGGGUCGUCGGCGCUUGUUGACAAUCUGGAUGAUUGCUCGUUGGUAACCCCUGACGAUUGGAACUAUCUGAUCUAAGUGACUGCCAGAAGGCACACCGGUGUGUACACAUGUGUUUAUGAACACGCGCGUCAACAGACACACGUAGACGCUACGCACGGGAUUUGCACAAGGUUCAUAACAUGAGCUUGAGACAGAAAGUAAGCUCAACGACCGGAAGAUUUCAUAGGACAUUAUAUGCGCACACGACUGGGUGCACGGUGCAUUUGAGAAUCAAAAGAUAUAUCUAUAUCUAUAUCUACUUGUCAUACAGUAUGGUGUAUAUAUAGAGAUAUGUAUAUUCCAUCUCUCUAGUAUAUACAUAUGUGACAGACAUGGAUAUGAGAUUCAAGCACACAUAUCGUCAGCACAGUUCGUAUGUAGACAAACCAAUAGUCUGCACGGAUCGGAUCUGCCAGGGGCAACUUGCCAAAUUUGCACACACUGACGAGCUAUUUAUAAGUUUGUACAUUUUUUAUUUGUAUUUUGACAUCUUGCAACCAUAUCAAAGCUGGAACCGUCGGGUAACAACCGACUUGAUAACCACAAGAGAUCGACAUAGGGUGAAUACGAUAUUUGGAACGUAAUAACUGUUGGAACAUAACACUGAACAUACGCCAACAACUACCCAACACAAAAGAACAAAUCAUAGCCACUCUGAAUCUUAGAGUGCAAUGCUUGCACACAUGAAUAUAUAAAUCACUAGUUGAUAAUGUAAAGCGCAGUUCACCUCUACACGUGUAACUGAAAAUAAAGAAAUAAGAAAUGGUUGUCUCCUG